AUGGCCUCCACAUGGUUCACUUCAUGGCACACGCAAUAAACAGCAGUCCUCUCGCGAAGAUGCCUGGCUCAAAUCAAAUCAAAUGCAAUAGACAUCUCGCUCGUGUGUAUAUAAAGGUCGGCGCUGGCCUUCAAGUUCUCCCAUCCAUUGCCAUCCAUCUCUACUCUCUAGUGUGAGCAGCAAUGGGGUUCAUUCACAAGGGUGGGGUUUGGUGGUUCCUCCUGCUCGCCGGGGUGCUGCUGGCUGCGGCGGCGGCAGCAGGCGCGGAGCAGGACGAUGGGGCGGUAGCCACUGCUGUCCCGGAGGUGGAGGAGGCGGAUGAGGCCCGUCUGCGCGUCGAUGAUCCGGAGGAGAACGACUCGUGCGACCUCAAGUGCCAACACCACCAAGUUCCGGCGAGGAAAAAGCAGUGCGUCGACGAGUGCCACAGCCGGGAGCAUCACCACCCCAGCAGAGCAUCUUGCGAGAACAAGUGUAGCCACUGGCAAGACCCGACGAGGAAGGACCAGUGCGUGCAACAGUGCAUGCGCCGCGGCCUCAGCCUCGCUGUGGGCGGCGGCAACGACGUCGACGAGCACCGCCACGCCCAAGAGGAGGAGGUCGCCGGGGAGUGCCAACUGUCUUGCCAAAGGAAGUGCCAGGGCUGGAAAGAUCGGACCAAGCACCAACAGUGCGUGCGACAGUGCGUUCGCGGCAGCAACAUCGUCGACGACGAGCACCUCCGCGGCUGGGAAGCGGUGGCCGGCGCCAUCAUCGAGGCGGUGUGAGUGUCAUGUCACGCACCUAAUAAUAAUAAUAAUAAUGUAAGGGUAUAUGUCUUGCUAGGCAAAGGCGCGAGAAUAAAAGACCAAUAGCGUGCGGUAGCUGCAUGCUUGGCGUCGUUGGCGAUGCUCUCCUAGGACUAGGAGAGAGCUGCAUGGAACUCUGUUCCUUUUCCUUCUUAGCAGGUUGGUCUGCUAGCUCUUAUAGCGGUUCCGGCUAUGUUUACACCAAAAAAGCAAGAACUGCAUGCGUAUGUUUACGUGUAUGUGUGCAUGCAUGUGUUGCACCAAGAAAUGAAAAUCUACGUAUCUUUCCCGUUA